UCACGCUCCACGAAGCUCGUCUAACGAUACAGUUUGUACGUUAGCCACGGAGUUCUGACAAAAAUCCAAGAGUUUGUACAUCGCACGCAAUACGUUUCGCCGUGGAUGUGUGGCGGCGAUUACACCUUUAAAUUCGUAUUACAAGUGUUACACUUGUAUGCAGUGCGCGCGUGCAAAUACGACUCUUCCGACGAGUGAUGUGCUGGCAGGCAGGCAGGCAAUAACGUAACUGCUGAAGAGUGAAAGUGUUGCUAAGUGGGACGAGGGAAUCGUGGGUACUUGCGUUUAUAAUUAACAAAUAAACCGAACGCGAAUAUACUCCGUACUCUUACCCCUUGCUUACCUAGACAGCUUAUAAUAAUUAAGGACCGCGGGAAAAAAUAGCCCCCUGGGAAUACGGCACGCCUUUUCAAAAAAGAUGCGUCUAUCCCGGCGGGAUAAUUGAACCAAACUUGAAAUAUACAUGAAAUAUACCGUGCAAGAUACGACCACGAUGGCCACCGUCGAUAACACCGGGUCCGGCACCUGCUUAUGCCGAAUUUGCGACUCCGUGCGAGAAACCGUACGCCAAAUAUUUAUCGUUCUUGACAAAUACCGAUGGCUUCUGGACGCCUACAUCGUGGAUUUUUACGAGGCCGAUUUAUGGGAAAGACUUCCGGGUGGUUGGAGCGAUUUCUUCAAAGACAUCACGCCGGGGGAACUUGGAUCCUGGAUUUUGAACGAGGGUUCGAGUGUCCGAGUCUGGCCGUUAUCUCUGCAGGCGCUUCGUCGAGUCGUCGGUAUCUUACAGAUACACAGAAAUCAGAGGAGCGAGAUCGCGUUGAAAUGCGAAAAUGUCCGUAAAACGGAGAAUACGGGUUUUGUCAAGCCUCAAGUGAAACCGAGCACGUGUUCGAGUCAUUCAAAGUUACGCGAUUUACUUGGCAAACACGUAAAACCGAAAAAGAAACAUGAAAUCGAAAUAAUGGCGAAGAUAAUAGCGGAUUGCGCUGCUUCGGCGAAAUCGGAAUGCGCUGUCGACGUUGGAGCCGGAAUUGGCCACCUCGCUAGAACGCUCGCUUAUCGACACGAGAUGUGCAUAAUUUGCGUUGAACAGCAGUCUUUGUUGUCGGAACAAGCCAGAAAACUAGAUACACAAUUUGAAUCUAUCGCCAUGAAGUACGUAACCAACAUCCGAGAGCAAAAACCGCAUCACGUGUCUUUGAAGAUAGAAAGAGAUUCAUCUGAAUUGUCCUUUUUCAUGGAUAUAAUAAACAAAGAAUUUACAGAAAAGUUCAGAUUAAAUCCAAAAUUUUCAGGAUUCGGUUUGAUUGGUUUACAUCCCUGCGGGGAUUUGGCAACAACGCUGCUACAAUCUUACGUAGAGUCGGACCGUGCUAAGUUCAUUUGCGUCGCAGGAUGCUGCUACAUGAAGCUUUCGCUUGGCCCGCAGAGCUACCCUCUCAGCGAAUAUCUACGCACAACUGGGAUUGAUUACGAUCUCUCGUACACAGCUUUGGAAGUUGCCUGCCAUGCGGUAGAAAACCAUUGCAUAAAAUUGAAGUCCGCUGAAUGCUGGGAACUCAAAAUACAUGCUUAUCGAGCAACGCUAGAGAGUCUCAUCGUUCAGAGAAACUCCUCUCUACGUCAUGCUCAGCUCAAAAGUUUCAAGCUCAAGGAAAAUACCACAUUUGAAGAGUACUGCAUGGCAGUUACAGAAAAUUUUAUUGAAGAGAAUCGUCCACGGAGGGUAGAGGAAAUUAGAAAUCCUAAAACAGCCGAAUUGCUAGAACGCUGGGAACAGGUUGUGGUAUUUGGUUCCCUCAGAUCGAUGCUAGCACCGUUGGUCGAGAGUGCAGUUUUGUUGGAUAGAUUCUUGUACCUGUCAGAGAAAAAUUUAUCGCCAAAAUUAAAGGCUGUCUUCGACCCAUUUCUAUCGCCGAGAAACUUUGUAUUAACAUCUAUUAAGUAACUGAAUAUUGUGUCAUUUGCUCAAAAAUUGUACAACAGGGAUUUUGGUCUGUUUACAAAUUCACAAUAAAG